AUGUUUUCCACUAUUGGGAAAGGAGCAGGUGCAGGCCAAUCCUCGACAUUUGUAUGCUCGGGGCCACCCCUGACGGCCAUGUUUGCUAUCUUAUUCUGCAAGCACAACUUUAUCAAUUGUUCUGAUAUCUGUUGGAUGUUUCUUGCUCAUCUACUGACAAAUAUUCCUGUAUGGUAA